AUGGAAGUCUCUAGCCUCUCAAGCGCCACCCCUGGCAUGGCCUUUUCCUCGGAACCGGAGAGCUGCAGUGACAGCCCAAGUUCCAACAGGGGCGUGGGGUCCACCCCAGGUGGGUUCCUCUUGCCUGGCCGUGAGCCACACUUCUCUAUCUUCACCGUGCUCGUGGUGACUCUAUUGGUGUUGCUGAUCGCUGCCACUUUCUUAUGGAAUCUGCUAGUUCUGGUGACCAUCCUGCGCGUCCGCACCUUCCAUCGCGUGCCACAUAACUUGGUGGCCUCCACAGCCGUCUCCGACGUGCUUGUGGCGGCCCUAGUUAUGCCCCUGAGCCUGGUAAGCGAGUUGUCGGCUGGACGACGUUGGCAGCUGGGGAGGAGUCUGUGCCACGUGUGGAUCUCCUUUGACGUGUUGUGCUGCACGGCCAGCAUCUGGAACGUGGCUGCCAUCGCCCUGGACCGCUACUGGACCAUCACUCGUCACCUACAGUACACGCUGCGCACCCGGCGGCGCGCUUCCGCGCUCAUGAUCGGGGUCACCUGGGCACUGUCCGCACUCAUCGCGCUCGCGCCAUUGCUCUUUGGCUGGGGUGAAGCCUAUGAUGCUCGGCUGCAGCGUUGCCAGGUGAGCCAGGAACCCUCCUAUGCCGUUUUCUCCACUUGCGGAGCCUUCUACUUGCCUCUAGCGGUAGUGCUCUUCGUCUACUGGAAGAUUUACAAAGCAGCCAAGUUUCGCUUUGGCCGAAGACGGAGGGCUGUGGUACCCUUGUCCGCCACUACGCAGGCAAAGGAGGUACCUGAGGAGGCUGAGAUGGUAUUCACAGCACGUUGCAGAGCAACAGUGACCUUCCAGACAAGUGGAGACUCAUGGCGGGAGCAGAAGGAGAAGCGAGCAGCCAUGAUGGUGGGGAUCUUGAUUGGUGUGUUUGUGCUGUGUUGGAUCCCCUUCUUCCUGGCGGAGCUCAUCAGCCCACUCUGUGCCUGUAGCCUGCCACCCAUCUGGAAAAGCAUAUUCCUGUGGCUUGGGUAUUCCAAUUCCUUCUUCAACCCCUUGAUUUACACAGCCUUUAAUAAGAACUACAAUAAUGCUUUCAAGAGCCUCUUCACUAAGCAGAGAUAA